AUGCACCGGCUGCAGCUCCUGGCCUGUGCCUCACUCACACUUGUGCUCCUGGCCACUGGCGCACCCACCUCCAGCUCCACACGGGCGCUGCAGCAGCAGCUGGAGCAUUUGCUGCUGGACUUACAGCUCCUUCAGAGAGACGUGGAGAAUUACAAGAACCUCGGAGUCCCCAGGAUAUUCACAUUUAAAUUUUACUUGCCCAAAAAGGCCACUGAACUGAAGCAUCUGCAUUGUCUGGCAGAAGAACUCCAAUCCCUGGAGGAAGUGCUAAAUCUAGCUCAAGGCAAAAACUCCACUAUCAAGGACUUAAUGAACAACAUUAAUGUGACAGUUCUGGAACUGAAGGGAGCAGAAACAAGCUUCACCUGUGAUUAUGAGGAUGAGGCAGUGAGCCUCUCGGACUUUCUCACCAGAUGGAUCACCUCUUGUCAAGGCAUCUUCUCAACACUUGCUUGA